AUGACAACGAAGAUUAACAAAGAAACGUUUAGACAGCUUCGAGUAGACCCCUUACAGAACAUAGUGGAACGCGUGAAGAAAGCACUGAAGGAGCGCAAAUCAAUAUUAGGAGAUGGAGCAGGUCGUUUACGGGAAUCCAAUCCCAUUAUAAUCAGGAUCAAAGGUCUCUCCAACGUCCACAAACCGGGAAAUGGAAUGCGAGAGAUCGUGUCUGCAGUUGGUUCCCCAACCCACAAACUAGUGAAGUGGUUAGUCUCAGAGUUCCAGAGUAUGCCGAAUGUGUUCCAGAGUAAAGCAGUUAGUAACACCCAGGAGAUCGCCCAGCAACUAAAAUCUUCAGGAGACAUCAACGAGGACGAGAUUAUGGUAUCUUUCGACGUCAAAGCUCUUUUUCCCAGCGUACCGGUCACGGAAGCGAUCAACUAUUUGGAGGAUUGGCUAUUAACACAACGAGAGGAUGCAGCAUGGAGAAGCGAGGUUGCAGCAUGGAGAAGCGAGGAACUACUUCUCUUUCCGAGUAGUAGUAGUAGUAGUAGUAGUAGUAGUAGUAGUAGUAGUAGUAGUAGUAGUAGUAGUAGUAGUAGUAACUACAUAGACAAUACACAAGCCACACAACAUGCAGCGUCACCUACAACAUCUUUUACAAGACUGAAUCAACCGAACCAUGUACAAGGAGAAGCACUCAAAACAGAGCCUCUCUCGUCCAAGCAAGCAUGUGUGUCUGAGCUGACGCCAGACUUCUUCCCCCAGAAAUCCUCCAUUACGAAGCACGGAUUCCCUGUAGAGCUGCACAAAGUGACCACCGAAGAUGGUUACAUAGUAACGGUUGCUCGUAUUCCCAACCACGGUAAGACACCGCUCCUAAUCAUGCACGGUAUGUUUGGAUGCUCGGUAGACUUCACCUGUCAAGGUCCGGAAAAAUCUCUUGCCCUUUUGGCGCACAGCGCAGGAUUCGAUGUCUGGAUGGGCAACAGCCGCGGCACAACCUACUCCAAAAAACACGAAUCACUAGAUUUGAAGUCCCGUGCCUACUGGCGAUUUAGUUUCCACGAACUAGGCUUGUACGACCUAUCCGCAAUGGUGGACUACAUCUUAAAGACCACCCUUCGAAGGAAGUUGCAAUACAUAGGUCACUCGCAGGGUGCGACCCAGUUGUUCGUGCUGAACAGCCUUCGUCCCGAGUACAACAACGUAUUCAUCAGCGCUCACCUGUCGGCUCCCGUUGCCUUCAUACACCAUGCAACAUCUCCGACAUCAAUUUUGGCAAGCCGCGUCGAUGAGUUGGAAGGUGCCGCUCGACUUACCGGAAUAUACGAGGUCAACGGAAGAGGAAACAAUUCCUACAUAGACGCCAUCGUAGCUGCGACUCGAGCCGGAUUCAUACCACCGGAUCUGCUUCUUGUCAACGUUUGGUAUCUCUUGGGUUACCACGACUCCAUCAACCGCACCAUGCUGGUCGAUCUGCUCAAGUACAGCCCUGCCGGUGGCUCCAUCUACCAAAUGCUGCACUUCUGUCAGCUGUUUAACGCGAAGAACUUCCAACAGUACGACUUCGGGACGAAAGAGAACCUCCAACGCUACGGAAACGCCCGUCCUCCGACCUAUCCGCUGUACAAGGUCACAACCCCGACCUAUCUCUACUACAGCGAACAUGACAGCAUCAAUGAACCGGGAGACGUCGACGCCCUGGCCGAGCGACUACCCAACCUGCAGCUCAAGUACAAAAUUCCGGUCCGUCGGUGGAAUCAUCUGGAUUUCCUCUACGGAUCCAGUGCGCACCGCCUGUAUCAGAUGAUUUUGUCCACUCUGGCGAAGCCGUGA